UUAACCCUGGACCUCUCUGAUGUAAACCAAAGUUUGUAUAACAGACAGUCUGUAACUGUUGGAUGGUAGCAAAGUCCUGGUCAGGCCAUCCAAAAGGAAGGAUCUUAAACCUGGAAUAGGCACAAGAUACAUACAGCUCAUCAUGAAUAGAACCCCCUUCCAGGUCUGUGCCUUGUUGCUUGCUUUGGGAGGGAUGACCUGUGUCCUUGUAUCCACAGUAUCCUCUAAAUGGAAAACCUCCAGCCCUUCCACUAACAUCAUCACUUCCACUGCCGUAUUCGAAGGGCUCUGGAUGAACUGUGUGGGCACCUCUGUGGGCUCUGUGCAGUGUAAGAAGUUCUCGUCACUUUUCAGUCUGCCCACUCAUAUCCAGGCUUGUCGUGCUUUGAUGAUCAUCUCUCUCAUCCUUGGCCUCCUCUCUUGUUUAAUCUCCUUGUUUGGACUGAAGUGCACCAAAUUUGGUAGCCAAGAUGAAAACACCAAGGGAAAGAUUGCUCUGUCCGGAGGACUGCUUUUCAUCGUAUCAGGGGUCGCCUGCUUAGUGGCAGUGUCUUGGUAUGCAGCCACUAUCACCCAAGAGUUCUUUGAUCCUCGCUACAUUGGAAUGAAGUAUGAGCUUGGCUCUGCUCUGUAUAUUGGAUGGGCUGGAUCUCUUCUGGCAAUUCUUGGAGGUUCUUUCCUGUGCUGCUCAUGCAAGAAGAAAACAACUGCCAAAAAAGGAAUCUACAAAUACAACUAUCCAGGAGCAACAGACAGUGAAUUCACCCAAUUCAAAGAGAAGAAAGAGAGGAAAGAAGGUGCUUCAGUGGACAGAGCCUAUGUUUAACCUGCAAUCCAGACUCAAAACUGUGUUCAGUUUCACAAUUUUAUAUGUAGUUUAAGCUUUGUAUUGUAUGGUUCUAUUUGUUAAGCACCAUGGAUAUUAUAAUUUGUUCUGUGUACAUAAAAUAGGCAGAAAUAAGAAGCAAUGACAAAGAACUCAGUUUAUACUACAAUUAGGCUUUUGUAUAAAUUAUCUUUGCUUACCUAAGGGCCUAUUAACAAUAAUGGGGCACAUUAAGGUGUGCAUUAAUGCACUCCCACUGGUGUGCAAUGCAUCACAAUGCUUGCUUUUUUUCCAUUUUUUUAAAACGUUAUUACCGUAAAUGUGACAGUUUAAAUCUAUACUCAGCAGACCAUUGUGAUGUGUUAUAGCAUGUCUUAACAAGCUGUGCACAAAUUCAACAUGCCUUACUUUUUUUAACACACACCAAUGCAGUGCGUUUGUGUAAACUAAAGCUAUUAGACAUAAAGCAAAUUGUCUUGUCUGUGAAUCACCCAUUUAGUGUUUAGUACAAUGUAACAUAUUUGGGACCAAUAAAAACAUUGGUGAAAAUGAA